AUGCAACCAGCAGGGGAGACCCAGGUUCCUUCAACAGAGAGUCCUGAGUCUCCCAGGCUGACCAAGCAGGAUCCUGAGAAACAACCCCUGCCAGCCAAGGUGUCAAGAGAGCCAGAGCAGCCACAGGAUAUAACAACAGGACUGACCAAGCCAGUAAAGACAAAACCCUCCUCUGAAAAUAGGGCGGUCAAACCCAGCACAGAGGACAUCAUGACCCCACCCACCACCACCAAAGAACCAAGUACUGUGUCCGUAAUCAUCAAGGAAGAACCCAUGGAGGUGUCAGCUUCUGAUAAUUCAGGAGUAGAACAAGUGGAAGGUCCUUCUAGUCUGGAGACAGCAGUGAAGGCUAGGAGGGAGAGGAAAGGGAAAUGUAUGUCUGGGGUACUGGCUGGUGGGGUUUUGGCAGGGGCCUGCGCCUUGGAAGAGAUGGACACCACCCCCGAGACUGAGAGCAAGCCUAACCUCUCCCACCUCAGUCCCCCCAUCGAAGAAAAGCCCUACAAGACAUCUAUGGAAAGACUGGCAGAGAUGGCUGCCUCCCCUACCCACUCCUCCCCUAGGACCAUGGGGCCCUCUCCCAGGGAGCCUCCCCACCACACCCACCCUACCUUGGGGGAACACAGCAGCAGCGUCCCCUCCACCACACUCAUACCUCUCACCCCUAAGAUCGGCAUGGGCAAGCCAGCCAUCUCCAAGAGGAAGUUCUCCCCAGGCAGACCCAGGGUGAAGCAGGUAAUGCAUGGUGCUGGUGGGUGCUGUGGGUCUUGUCUUAGAUCCAAGCCACCUUGAUGUGUUAUUCUUAGUUGUAUACCAGGGCUACAAAAUCUAUUUUAGAAUCAAUUUUUUGCGUAAUAAUUUAUGUAUUAUCUAGGCUGAUGUCUUUUAUUUUCAAAGAGCAUCUAAAAAAUCCCAGGUUGAAAUCUCUGGAGAGAAACCAUAAUUGUGUGAUCGUCUAGGUUGGUCAUUGUGUGGUUGAGUGUAUCUAAUGAUGAGAGGAGGAGGAGCUUUCUGAGUGCUCUGCCCCAGAGCGGUGGAUUGGCUAUGAUGUCAGUGGUUUGGAAUAUGAUUAAAACGGGUGUUGCUGCUGCAGAGGACACUUAACCCAGAGAACUUGCCAGUGGUGGCAGUUGAGAACCGUUGUGUCCUGUGUGUUUGAUGUAGGUUAAAGGCCUUACUGUAUCGUCAGCAGAGACCACGGCUGAUCUCACCCUUCCUCCUCAGUUUUCACUUGGGCUGAAUCCCAAAUAGCCCCUUGGCCCUCCAUUUGCGCGUUCACGCACACCUCCACCAUAUGCACAAGUGUCCCAAAGUUGAGGGAGUCAAAACUAUCGAGGGUGCAGGGGCUAAUUAGACCCUCCGAUAGCCACUUUGACCAAGCCAGCAACGCUACAGCCUCCAGAGUGAAGUGCUAUCCCAACACGCACCGCAAGAUGUUUGGAGUUUGCACAGCAUCAUACAAAAGAAUUGCGAGGCAUGACUAAUCAUAUGACACGUGUUUGUUUGUUUGUCUGAUUUUCGAGACUUGACAAAUAAAACGAAUGAAAUAGGCUACCUCACAAAUGAAGUGGUUACUUUUACUGAGGUUUAUAUCUUGUAAAACCAUAGGGGCAAUUUGUUAAUUAGAAUGUCAUGCUCGUUUUAUUAUUUAAAUGUGGCACAUGAAUUGCAUCAUUCAAGUCACCAGUGUGUGCCGAAGUUAAUGGAUUUAUUGAUCCCCUCGCCACUUUAUAUAUGUCAUCCUCCGAGUUUCGUCAGCAACAUGUGACAACGGAGGGCCCUCCGAACAAGUUGGUAGGGGUGAGGGGCUGGUUUGGGAUUCACUGAUGGUCUGUCUAAGUCUGAAGAAUAGUUAGUUUCCCACAAUGUGCAGAAUGAGAAUAGAAUAUUUGUACAGCCUAUUCCUUAGGCCGUACAGUAUAGCUUCAAGCAUGCUGUUUCACCUGUCAUAGACUAGCAUCCAAUUUCCAUGGUGAUCCUAGUACAUGCUUUAUGUGCUGAAGGCAGUCCCUCUCUGAUGAUGGAUACAAGCCUGUUCUCAUUCUCCUUAGAAUACCUUCAUUAGGGCUUUGUUAACCACCCCCCACUUUCAUCAAGCCACUAAUCAGAGACACAGUAUGCGGGUUGGGUCAAAUCCUAAUAAUACUGGGAUAUUAAUCACACCCAUGGCUAUGAUAUAUUAUGGAUGAGGCUGAGCAGAGUUUAGCCUUGCAACGUUGUGUUUUUCUCUCCAGAUAUAUCCUAUUGCUGAAAUAAACGGUGUGUGUAGACAGACUAAUUUGUUAGAUCAGGCCUGGGGGAGAUCAAGUGUAGGCUAUUUGAAUACAGUGAAAUCAUGUGUAGUCAGAUUUGGUGUCUUCAAGUCAUAUGCUUCUGUCUCGAAGAGGCAUGCACUGUCAGUCGUGCUGUCUGACGCAACCAGGUGUUGUUUUGUCAACAAGCCAGUUAUACGAGUGAGGCAGUGACAUGCAGUUGCCAUGGCAAGAGGAUGUUGAGGUCUCUUGCUCCUCCUCGUCCUGCUGCUGUUGCAUGGUGCUGUUGCCUUGACGAAUGCUGCUGUGCUGUGUGAACUCAAGGUUGCUGCGCCGACUAACAGGAUUCUGCUUCACCUUUGCAAACGCUCUCUGAACGUCUAGCAUGAAACAUGCCUCAACUCAUAUGCAUGAAAGAAAUCUAGGAUUGGCUUCAAUAUAAAAAGUAUAAUGUGCAUCAUAAUAUCAUCUUGGCUUUAUGCCCCAAGUCAGAAUGUAUAACAGCAUCAUUAUUAACUCCAUAUAUCUUACUUGGGGUGUGUUGAAUGGUCCCAACAAGCUUAUUUAGCCACUAGCCUUUUAAACUCACUGCAUCUCUCUAACAUCUCUGUUAUGUUUUCAUCUUUCGCUAGCUUUGUUUUUAAGUUGCUGCAUUUUGUCACCCUCCUUCUCCCCUCUAUCCUCCCCUCUCUCACCCACCCAACCCGGCCCCCCUACCUGUACCUUAGGGCGCAUGGCAUGGGAGCCCCCAUAGCAGUGUGAGCUCCCCCUCCUGGUCUCCAGACCAGCCAGAGGGGUGGAACGUCCCAAACACCAGGCAGCUCUCCCCCGGCUGCGGCAGCCCUGGCUGGAGCAUCAGAGUGGUAAAUAACCAUGGCUCUCUCUGGAGACCAGACGUCCAGAACCACCACAGGGCCAUGCCACAGCAGCCUUCUGCUUACCUUAGGCUAUGUGAAGUGCACUGGCAGAGUGAUUCUUGAUGUCACUGUGUUAAUGGUGAACUUUAAUAAUGAAUCAUUCAACUAUCACUGUGUCACCAGAGGAGAGGAGACUGGUGAAUUCACAUUGAGAGGCUAAUAGGGGAAUGGUGGAUGAGAACCUAUAGUAGCCUAAUACAACUCCUCCUUAAUGGCAAAAUACCUAACUUUUAUCCACCAGAGAGGAUCCCUUGUUAGGCUUUGCACAUGUACUUGUAAUAUUAACUCCAUUCAUGAUACUAUAUCUUGGCCUACCUUUGCAGCCUGAGGCACACGGUUUUAAUCUGUGUUUGUCUGUUUGUUUAGUUGUUUGUUUUGUGUCAUACUGUUGUGGGUGAGUUUGGGGCGGGGUGGAGAUGUGGGUUUUAUUAAGUGGGCUGUGUAGGCACUUAGGCCUGCCCAAGUGGAUGCCUCAAUCUGUUGCCAUGGUAACAUUAGUGUUACACGCUUUGGCGCUAAGUUAGGUGGUAAUUGCUGGGUCUUGGCAUGGGUCCUGGGCAGGUUAAACGGCACCAUACUGUGCGUCAAUCAGGAUGUCAGACGGCUGGCUGCAGUUUUACGGGCUCCUAACCAAUUGUGCUAUUGUGUGUAUUUUAGCAUUAUUUGUAACUUAUUUUGUACAUAAUGUUUCUGCCACUGUCUCUUAUGACCGAAAAGAGCUUCUGGAUAUCAGGACAGCGAUUACUCACCUCGUACUGGACAAAGAUUUUUUCUUUAAGGAGUUGGACGCAAAGGAUUUUCUUAAGACACCCGUCAAGGCCCAAAUCCCCGUCAUUCGCAUGAGAAAGAGACGGAGAUAUCGGGGAUGUAGGUCGGAGUGCCUUGUAAGGAUCUGACGGCGAGUGUACGUAAUCUGCCUCUACUAUCAGUCCUAUUAGCCAAUGUACAAUCAUUGGAUAACAAAAUGGACAAACUAAGAUCACGGAUAUCCUACCAACGGGACAUUAAAAACUAAUGUCUUAUGUUUCACCGAGUUGUGACUGAAAGACGACAUGGAUAACAUACAGCUGGCGGGAUAUAGGCUGCAUGUGUAUAUUUGUAAAUAACAGCUGGUGCACGAAAUCUAAUAUUAAGGAAGUCUCAAGGUUUUGCUCGCCUGAGGUAGAGUAUCUUAUGAUAAGCUGUAGACCACAUUAUUUACCAAGAGAGUUUUCAUCUAUAUUUUUCAUAGCUGUCUAUUUACCACCACAAACCGAUGCUGGCACUAAGACCACACUCAAAGAGCUGUGUAAGGCCAUAAGCAAACAGGAAAACGCUCAUCCAGAGGCGGCGCUCCUAGUGGCCAGGGACUUUAAUGCAGGGAAACUUAAAUCAGUUUGACCUAAUUUCUACCAGCAUGUUAGAAAACACUAUGGGCCAGUUUCCUGGACACAGAUUAAGAACCUCUGAAACAGCAAUAGGCCUUCAACUGACUGCAGACGGAUAGGUGGUGGAGUAGAGUUGUGGAGCUAAAUUCCCCAAAUUGAAAAAUCCACCAUUUCAGUUAGGCUAAUCUCUUGAAGUUGACUGGAGUUGAAAUGGGAUUGACCCUGGGUGCUGUAGCUUGGGGGCAGGGUGGUCUGUUAGUCCAUUCUGCAGACUGCGCUGCCCCUUGGCUAUCUCCUUAUCACCUCUUUCUGUCUCUCGUUCUCUGGCUCGCUCUCUUUGUCUCUGUCUCCCUCUCUCUCGGUCUCUCUCGAUCGUCGCUCUUUCUCUCGCUCUGUCGCUCUUUCUCUCGCUCUGUCGCUCUCUCUCGCUCUGUCUCGCUCGCUCUGUCUCGCUCGCUCUGUCUCGCUCGCUCUGUCUCACUCUCUCUCUCUCGCUCGCUCUGUGUGCAAUGUGCAACCAGAGGGGAAAAAACUCUAGACCACCUUUCCUCCACACACAGAGACGGGUACAAAGCUCUCCCUCGCCCUCCAUUUGGCAAAUCUGACCAUAACUCUAUCCUUCUGAUUCCUGCUUACAAGCAAAAACUAAAGCAGGAAGCACCAUUGACGGUCAAUAAAAAAGUGGUCAGAUGACGCAGAUGCUAAGCUACAGGACUGUUUUGCUAGCACAGACUGGAAUAUGUUCCGGGAUUCUUACGAUGGCAUUGAGGAGUACACCACAUCAGUCACUGGCUUCAUCAAUAAGUGCAUCGAUGAUGUCGUCCCCACAGUGACCGUACGUACAUACCCCAACCAGGAGCCAUGGAUUACAGGCAACAUCAGCACUGAGCUAAAGGGUAGAGCUGCCGCUUUCAAGGAGCGGGACUCUAACCCGGACGCUUAUAAGAAAUCCCUGCUAUGCCCUCCGACGAACCGCCAAACAGGCAAAGCGUCAAUACAGGACUAAGAUUGAAUAAUACUACACUGUCUCCGACACUCGUCGGAUGUGGCAGGGCUUGCAAACUAUUACAGACUACAAAGGGAAGCACAGCCGCGAGCUGCCCGGUGACACGAGCCUACCAGAAGAGCUAAAUUACUUCUAUGCUCACUUUGAGGCAAGCAACACUGAAGCAUGCAUGAGAGCAUCAGCUGUUCCGGAUGACUGUGUGAUCACGCUCUCCGUAAACGAUGUGAGUAAGACCUUUAAACAGGUCAACAUUCACAAGGCUGCAGGGCCAGACGGAUUACCAGGACGUGUACUCCGAGCAUGCGCUGACCAACUGGCAAGUGUCUUCACUGACAUUUUCAUCCUGCCCCUGACUGAGUCUGUAAUACCAAUGUUUCAAGCAGACCACCAUAGUCCCUGUGCCCAAGAAAGUGAAGGUAACAUGCCUAAAUGACUACAGACCCGUAGCACUCAUGUCUGUAGCCAUGAAGUGCUUUGAAAGGCUGGUCAUGGCUCACAUCAACACCAUCAUCCCAGAAACUCUAGACCCACUUCAAUUUGCAUACCGCCCCAACAGAUCCACAGAUGAUGCAAUCUAUAUUGCACUCCACACUGCCCUUUCCCACUUGGACAAAAGCAACAACUACGUGAGAAUUCUAAUUAUUGACUACAGCUCAGUGUUCAACACAAUAGUGCCCUCAAAGCUCAUCACUAAGCUAAGGACCCUGGGACUAAACACCUCCCUCUGCAACUGGAUCCUGGACUUCCUGACGGGCCAUUCCCCAGGUGGUAAGGGUAGGUAACAACACAUCUGCCACGCUGAUCCUCAACACGGGGCCCCUCAGGGGUGCGUGCUCAGUCCCCUCCUGUACUCCCUGUUCACCCAUGGCUGCAUGGCCAGGCACGACUCCAACACCAUCAUUAAGUUUGCCGACGACACAACAGUGGUAGGCCUGAUCACCGACAACGUUGAGGCAGCCUAUAGGGAGGAGGUCAGAGACCUGGCCGUGUGGUGCCAGGAUAACAACCUCUCCCUCAACGUGACCAAGACAAAGGAGAUGAUUGUGGACUACAGGAAAAAGAAGAGGACCAAGCACGCCCCCAUUCUCACCGACGGGGCUGUAGUGGAGCAGGUUGAGAGCUUCAAGGUCCUUGGUGUCCACAUCACCAACAAACUAUCAUUGUCCAAACACACCAAGACAGUCGUGAAGAGGGCAUGACAAAGCCUAUUCCCCCUCAGGAGACUGAAAAGAUUUGGCAUGGGUCUUUAGAUCUUCAAAAAGUUAUACAGCUGCACCAUCGAGAGCAUCCUGACUGGUUGCAUCACUGCCUGGUAUGGCAACUGCUCUACAGAGAGUAGUGCGUACGGCCCAGUACAUCACUGGGGCAAAACUUCCUGCCACCCAGGACCUCUAUACCAGGUGGUGUCAGAGGAAAGCCCUAAAAAUUGUCAAAGACUCCAUCCUAGUCGUAGAAUGUUCUCUCUGCUACCACACGGCAAGCGGUACCGGAGCGCCAAGUCUAGGUCCAAAAGGCUUCUUAAAAGCUUCUACCUCCAAGUCAUAAGACUCCUGAAUAGCUAAUCAAAUGGCUACCCAGACUAUUUGCAUUGUCCCCCCCCCCCCCAGCCCCUCUUUUACACUGCUGCUACUCUCUGUUUUUUAUCUAUGCAUAGUCACUUUAACUCUACCUACAUGUACAUAUUACGUCAAUUACCUCGACUAACCUGUACCCCCGCACAUUGACUCUGUACCUGUACCCCUUGUAUAUAGCCUUGCUACUGUUAUUUUACUGCUACUCUUUAAUAAUUUUUUACUCAUCUAUUUUUUACUGAACACUUAUUUUUCUUUAAAACUGCAUUGUUGGUUAAGGGAUUGUAAGUAAGCAGUUCACUGUAAGGUCUACACCUGUUGUAUUCGACGCAUGUGACAAAUAACAUUUUAUUUUAUUUGACUGGGCUGGGGCGAAGUGGGGGAUCAGGGAGGAGGGAUUUGGGUGGAAAUUCACAGAAAGUAGACCCUAGUUUGACAGUCUUGAUUAGGCCCCAGCAGCCACCAUCACCGGAAAUGUGUUGACAUUAUAAUAGAGCUCAAAUGGCCAGAAUAACAUUAGAGAGGCUCUCUGUUAACAGCCUGGACAGAGAGCCUAGACACUUGCUGUGUUAGAAAACAUUUAGUUUAUUUUUGGUUUUUUAAACAACUAAUUGUUCAAUAAUUUUUAAUUCCAUUUAUUUAUAUAAUUUUUGUGAGCUCAAUGCGCACACUGCACAGUUUCUCUAAAGCUAAAUGAGAUCCAGCUUGAACUGUGCGAUGUAGUAGGGAGUUGUAGUUUCCAAUAGGCCAAUAUUCUACAUAGUUUAGCGCAGAAAAUGUGGUAAUUAACUACAAUGACCAUAAUCCAUUGCACGUCUGCUUGUCCGGUCUGUUUCUUUUACGCCUGCUACAGAAGAAUGCGCGAUCGUGAGGUUAUAUAGAGAACAGCUGUUGCUUCGCAAGGUAUCUCUACCUGAAAAUACAUGAUCUAAUGAUUGAUAGUUGGUAUUCAGCAGUCAUAAAAGUAUGCCUUAUUUACUUUGAAGAACUACUAAAAUAGUGAUUUAGUCAGACAGCAUAGGUAGCUUGCUCUAUAGAGAUGAGAUGAUGACUUGGAAUGAAAUAAUAGUCAUCAAAUAAAACAAAUGUAAUAUACACAACGGAAAUAUUUUAUCAAAGUAAUGUGAAUAAAUGAUGGCUAAUAAGUGAUAAUCAGUAAUGAGCAGUCACUUCCAUCAUGGGACUUUUUAAUUGUUUUAUUCUGUGUUACAGCAUUCAACUCACAUAAUGCAUAGUGCAUUUAAUGUUUUUAAAAAAGUAUCAAAAACGUGAUUUUAAAAAAAUAACAAAUCUACCGAAACGGAACCGACCUGAAAAAGCACAAAUGGCUCAGCACUAGUCUCUCAGAAUGGGGCAGGAGAGAUGGUCCUAUUACUGAUAAAGAUGAACAAGUCAAGGUGUCUUAUUUGGUGAAAUGGGUUUUGUGUUGUCACUGCUGGACUGCCUAUGUACAAAGCAGGAUCAAUGACUUAGCCAGCUAAAUAUUCUGUAGUAACUUUUUUUUAAAAGAUAAGCUUAACAUGGGCAUGUUCUAAUUGACUCAACAAACAAUAACAUAUAUGUACAGAACAAAAAAUAUAAACGCAACAUCAAAAAUGUCAACUAUUUUACUGCGUUACAGUUCAUAUAAGGAAAUCAGCUGAAAUAAAUUCAUUAGGCCCUUAUCUAUGGAUUUCACAUGACUGGGCAGGGGUGCAGCCAUGGGUGGGCCUGGGAGAGUUUUAACAGCUGUCCGGGUGGCUGGUCUCAGACGAUCAUGCAGGUGAAGAAGCCAGAUGUGGAGGACUGGCGUGGUUACACAUGGUCUGCGGUUGUGAGGCCGGUUGAACAUACUGCCAAAUUCUCUAAAACGAUGUUGGAGGCAGCUUAUGGUAGAGAAAUUAUCAUUCACUUCUCUGGCAACAGUUCUGGUGGACAUUCCUGCAGUCAGCAUGCCAAUUGCACGCACCCUCAAAACUUGAGACAUCUGUGGCUUUUUGUUGUCUGACAAAACUGCACAUUAUAGUGGCCUUUUAUUGUCCCCAGCACAAGGUUCACCUGUGUAAUGAUCAUGCUGUUUAAUCAGCUUCUUUAUAUGCCACACCUGUCAGGUGGAUGGAUUAUCUUGGCAAAGUAGAAAUGCGCACUAACAGUGGUAUAAACAAAUUUGUGCACAACAUUUGAGAUAAAUAAUAUUUUUGUGUGUAUGGAAAAUCUCUGGGAUUUUUUAUUUCCGCUAAUGAAACAUGGGACCAACACUUUACAUGCUGCAUUUAUAUUUUUGUUCAGUAUAGAAGUUUAGCUUUCUUAAUUAACCUGAAUCAGUAGUUUUAUUAUUUUGGGUUUUUUAUCAAAGUUAGCUGGCUAACUCAUUGAUCCUGCUUUGUAGUAUGCCCCCGUAGCUGAAUAAAGAAAAUUAAAACAAAUUGCAUUCGCAAUUUUGUUCUCUUAAAUCAGAAAUGGCUGCUUUUUUUUCCCCUGCAUCAAUUUGUUUUGUAGCUUGAAUUAAGCACUAUUCUAAGAUUUGUUAAAUAUGGAUAUGAAGCCAUUUCAUAUCCGUGCGUAGGCUUUGCAAUGUUCUACCUACCAUACACAAAAUGUAUGCACGCAUGACUGUAAGUCGCUUUGGAUAAAAGCGUCUGCUAAAUGGCAUAUUAUUAUUAUUAUUAUUAUUAUUAUUAUUAUUAUUAUUAUUAUCCAAGAAAACAACACUGGAUGGGAAAUGACAUUACCUCUGUGGAAGUAGACCAAGCUGCUGUUCCUGUUUUUACCUCUCUAGAUACCAGCAGCCUCACAGCUCAACAGAUCUACAGUGGGAGAAGAGUUCCCCUAUGGCAAACUUUUUCAUUAAGCUGACUUCAUCGAUCACAGUCUAGCAAGCGAGGACCUGUGUGUGUGUUUCUCUGUAUGUGACUGUGAACACGACUCCUGCGAGUGUUUUUGUUUUUGUGUGUGAAUGUGUAUUUUUCUGUGUGUGUUGAGGAGUCCUGAGGUGUGUGUUUCUGUCUGCAGGGUCGAGGGUCAGGCUUCUCUGGGAGGAGGAGACCCAGAGGGGCUGGUCUGUCGGGCAGAGGGGGUCGGGGCCGAGCGAGGGGGAAGAAUGGAGCCAAUUCUACAGUCAACCCUGGGGUAGGCUAUGUCACCUGUCAACCUGAUCUCUUUUUAGUUCACACUAAUCCAAUACAAUUAACUGAAAGACAGUUUUAUUACUAGUGAUGGGAGGAAAAAUGUAUAGUUACGUAUCGCAAUAUUAUUUUGGAUGAUAUGAUAUUGAUACUUUGGCUCCAAAUAUCGAUUUGCUAGGUAGCGUUAGCUAGCGCUAGUCGGCUGUAUCUGCGCUAGAACUUCUGAAUUUUUCAUCCUAUAGCUUGUUUGCCAUCUUUUUUUAAAAUAGUGAGCCAACGUGUUUUCAGUACUUAUUUUCAUGACUGGUCAAAACAAAUGUUCUAAUGCCCUCUUGUCUCUCUGCUGCAGACAUAUACUAAGCAAUAUGUUUUGAACAUCAAAUUGCAAUAAAAUCACAGUAUCGAAUCACAAUACAUAUGGAAUCGUGAGAAUCGCAAUACAUAUCGUAUCGGCAACUAAGUAUCGUGAUAAUAUCGUCCAUGGCAUUACCCAGCCUUAUUUAUUACCCAUAAACCUCAUAGUUUUCCUGGUGUGUAGUGUAAACAGUAAUCAUAUGUUGUGUAUAGAUUAUUUGCUGCAGCACAAAAACCGACUCAUCCCAGUGGGCAUGUUACUCCAUACCAAAGGGUGACACAGCAUUCGUGUCAGAGGCAAAUACUAAUCAAUGAUCCUAUCCAGGCAGUCUCUUGUAAUGCUGACAACUUCACAUGCUGUAAAAGAAUCUGUUAGAAUUUACACCAUAAACAGAGAUGCAUACCCCUGUAAUAUUGCUUUUAGUGACAGAGGAACGCUUCACUUUCAUGUAGGUAAUAUCACAGGACUCAAUCCUAUCCAUCUAACGGUGUAUUUGUGCUCAUGCUUCAUAACAUACAGGUCACCACCAUGGAAUCACCAUACCAGGUGAAGGAGGAAGAGGAGAAUGCCAUGCAUAACACCGUGGUCAUAUUCUCCAGCAACGACAGCUUCACAUUGAAACAGGUGUGCAUAUGUUUGUAUACAAUUCAUACAUUUCCUGUACCUCUAUUAUUCGAUUAGUUUCUCUUACCGUAUUACAGUAAAAGUUUGAUUCUCUAGUAUAAUGUGGUAAACUCCAUUUGUUUCCCUCUCUCAGGACAUGUGUGUAGUGUGUGGGAGUUUUGGGCUGGGUGCAGAGGGUCGUCUUCUGGCCUGCGCCCAGUGUGGGCAGUGCUACCACCCCUUCUGUGUUGGCAUCAAGGUAAGUACCCCAACCAUUACAGUGGCAUUUUCUGAGAUCUUACUGAAGAUUCGGAUACUACAUAAGAGUAGGAAACAUGGGAACCCCACAAAUGAUUGGGCUUAGGGUUAACUCAAAGUAUUUGAAUUGUGUAGCCUAAAUUUUAACCUGGCUAUGACUGACUCAGUAUGUGAGUGUCAACUGGAUUAAACGGGCCAUAUAAACUCUGUAAUCAGAUGAAGCUCAGCUCAAGUUGAUUCGAUCCUUAUCUCGUAAUGCUGCCAAUUACUGCAAACAGAAGUCUUUAGUGUAGCUCAGCGGGACAGUGAUAUAUCAAUGUCCUUUACUAUGGGGCCUUUUUAAAGAGAUAAGCACACACAAUUUGGACUUUUGCCAAUAUACUCCCACACCAUAUCUGACCCUGUCAUCUCUUCCCAGAUCACCAAGGUGGUGUUGAAUAAAGGCUGGCGCUGUCUGGAGUGUACGGUGUGUGAGGCGUGCGGCCAGGCCACCGACCCGGGCCGUCUGCUGCUGUGUGAUGACUGUGACAUCAGCUACCACACCUACUGCCUGGACCCUCCGCUGCAGAACGUGCCCAAGGACAGCUGGAAGUGCAAAUGGUGGGUUGCUGCCUCAUCUGUCCAUCCCCUCAACCACUUCCUAUUAUGAUAACAUGGAUGCGGCCCAAAUGGAACCCUAUUCCCUAUAUAGUAUAACGUCAAUAUUUGUUAUAUGUAAGCAAGAAGUCAAAGUACCAUCAACAAAACUUGAUUAUUUGCGAUCUCACACAAAAAAGCCUUUCCCUUUUCUCCAUGAAUGACCUAGUUCAUUAUUUCUCAAUGUACUGUACUUAAUGUACAACCACCUGAAUGUACGCAGUUCUUCAUUGACACCUGUCCUCACUCCUCCUCCCUCCCCUGUUCCCUCCUGCAGGUGUGUGUCCUGUACCCAGUGUGGUGCCACCUCACCAGGCCUGAGGUGUGAGUGGCAGAAUAAUUACACCCAGUGCGCCCCCUGUGCCAGCCUGGCGACGUGCCCCUUCUGUCUCCAGGACUACAGCGAGGGCGAGAUUGUGGUGCAGUGCCGCCAAUGCGACAGGUGGGCCACCUGUUUCUAAUGAGCCAAUUGUCUCUGCAUGUCUACAGUACUAGCUAAGCCUGCCAUAGCCUAUAUCUGUGCUGUUAUUUUGAAUCAAACCCCCUGUAUGGUACCCCGAACCCCAACCCCUUCUCCUUCCUCUCCCAUAGGUGGAUACAUAGUUCCUGCCAGGGUCUCCAUUCAGAGAAGGAUGUGGAGAAAGCAGCAGACAGCAGCUUUGACUGCACCAUGUGCCGAGUCCACAAAACCUCCAAGGGUAAAGUACUACAGUCGUGGUCAAAAGUUUUGAGAAUGAUACAAGUAUUGGUCUUCACAAAAUUCGCUGCUUCAGUGUUAUGAGAUAUUUUUGUCAGAUGUUACUAUGGUAUACUGAAGUAUAAUUACAAGCAUUCCAUAAGUGUCAAAGGCUUUUAUUGACAAUUACAUUAAGUUUAUGCAAAGAGUCAAUAUUUGCAGUGUUGACCCUUCUUUUUCAAGACCUCUGCAAUCCGCCCUGGCAUGCUGUCAAUUAACUUCUGGGCCACAUCCUGACUGAUGGCAGCCCAUUCUUGCAUAAUCAAUGCUUGGAGUUUGUCAGAAUUUGUGGGUUUUUGUUUGUCCACCCGCCUCUUGAGGAUUGACCACAAGUUCUCAAUGGGAUUAAGGUCUGGGGAGUUUCCUGGCCAUGGGCCCAAAGUUUUGAAGUUUUGUUCCCCGAGCCACUUGGUUAUCACUUUUGCCUUAUGGCAAGGUGCUCCAUCAUGCUGGAAAAGGCAUUGUUCGUCACCAAACUGUUCUUGGAUGGUUAGGAGAAGUUGCUCUCGGAGGAUGUGUUGGUACCAUUCUUUAUUCAUGGCUGUGUUCUUAGGCAAAAUUGUGAGUGAGCCCACUCCCUUGGCUGAGAAGCAACCCCACACAUGAAUGGUCUCAGGAUUCUUUACUGUUGGCAUGACACAGGACUGAUGGUAGCGCUCACCUUGUCUUCUCCGGACAAGCUUUUUUCCUGAUGCCACAAACAAUCGGAAAGGGGAUUCAUCAGAGAAAAUGACUUUACCCCAGUCCUCAGCAGUCCAAUCCCUGUACCUUUUGCAGAAUAUCAGUCUGUCCCUGAUGUUUUUCCUGGAGAGAAGUGGCUUCCUGGCUGCCCUUCUUGACACCAGGCCAUCCUCCAAAAGUCUUCGCCUCACUGUGCGUGCAGAUGCACUCACACCUGCCUGCUGCCAUUCCUGAGCAAACUCUGCACUGGUGGUGCCCCGAUCCCGCAGCUGAAUCAACUUUAGGAGACGGUCCUGGCGCUUGCUGGACUUUCUUGGGCGCCCUGACGCCUUCUUCACAACAAUUGAACCUCUCUCCUUGAAGUUCUUGAUGAUCUGAUAAACGGUUGAUUUAGGUGCAAUCUUACUAGCAGCAAUAUCCUUGACUGUGAAGGCCUUUUGUGCAAAGCAAUGAUGACGGCACGUGUUUCCUUGCAGGUAACCAUAGUUAACAGAGGAAGAACAAUGAUUUCAAGCACCACCCUCCUUUUAAAGUUUCCAGUCUGUUAUUCUAACUCAAUCAGCAUGACAGAGUGAUCUCCAGCCUUGUCCUCGUCAACACUCUCACCUGUGUUAAUGAGAGAAUCACUGACAUGAUGGCAGCUGGUCCUUUUGUGGCAGGGCUGAAAUGCAGUGGAAAUGUUUUUGGGGGAUUAAGUUCAUUUUCAUGGCAAAGAGGGACUUUGCAAUUAAUUGCAAUUCAUCUGAUCACUCUUCAUGACAUUCUGGAGUAUAUGCAAAUUGCCAUCAUCAAAACUGAGGCAGCAGACUUUGUGAAAAUUUGUAUUUGUGUCAUUCUCAAAACGUUUGACCACAACUGUACAUACAGUGUAGCCUUCUGAAACAUUGCUACUGUAUCUGACCGUCUCAGGCGUCUCUUGUAUUGCAGCCAAUUACUGACUGGCUUUUGUGUCCCUCUUCACUGCAUCCACAGCGCUAGUGUCCAAGGCCAGAGAGUCCAUUGAGCCGGCAGUUAUGACGCAGAUUCUCACAAAGGCUAAAGAAAUGGGUAAGAACGAGACCGCUUUUGGUAUUUUAUUUGUAUUAUAAAAAAUAAAAAAUAAAUGUUAGUGGGUGUAUCAGCUUUAAUAUUGCAAAUAGAUUGCGGCUUCUAUCAAUGUAAUUGUCUGCAUAAUUUCCAAUCCCCCACAUCUAUUUUGUUUAAUAAAUAUAUAUUUAAAAAAAAUGUUUCCUUUAUUAUUUUCCCCUAACCCUACCACCCCUCCCCUAAUUGGAGUAAACCAAUGGACAACAACUACUUCCAGCUUAUACAUACUAUAUACAUUUUACGGACACAGUAUAUUUUACAUUAGUUAUCUUUUGUUUGUUUUUAGUCACACCCUUUAGCUCCCCUCAACCCCUCCCAUCUAUCGCUUAAGACCAUCCAGUUCUGAUUUCUAUUUGCCAUAUGAUUUUAGUAUUUGUUCUGCCUUGAGAUCGAGAUAUUUGUUCUUCUGUGAGAUGCUUUCUAGCUCUUUAACUUCAUUAAAUCUUGUUUUAAUCACAUUGGACAUGCCAUACAUUCCAGUUCAUCUAGGAUGUUCGAACAGUACCAUAACCUCGUGGAGUGUGUCUGUGUGUCUUUCAGACUUGGUGAGGACGUACACUCAGGACGGCGUGUGUCUGACUGAGUCGGGCCUGUGUCAGCUCCAGAGCCUGACGGCCCCUGCAUCGCGGCGGAGGAAACCCAAGCCCAAGCUGAAGCUGAAGAUCAUCAACCAGAACAGUGUUGCA